AUGAAGUUGUUUCUGUUGCUAAUCAUUGUCUAUGUUACAUCGGCAGCCGAAACCCCUGGAUUCUUUAUAAAAUUGUCAAAAAGUGUACCUCGUAUCGGACGUCGCGGUGAUUUUGAAAAUUUCUUCCUAAAGCAGUCUAAAAGUGUUCCUCGCAUUGGCAGGCGCAGUGGAUUUAUGGAAAGUAUUAUCUGAAAAUAAAAUUAAACUAAUUUAAAACCUUUCCUUGAAACACAGGCCCCGUCACAAGAUGCCUCCAGCAAUUGGUUUGAUCGACUGGUACGGCCUUCUAAACGUCCACUUACCGAUAACAGUGAAUCGGCGGAGAACAGCCGAACUUACAACAAAGUACGUCCUCUAGAUCUACAUCACAUUAUAGACAUACUCUCGGACGAUCUGUUCUUCGGUUCUGAUCUAAAGUUCAUUUCAUGGGAUGUGCUGGACAAGGCACUCGAGGAAGAUGCGGAUCUGCUGGGUAAACUAAGUGCCUUGGCACGUGAUAAGGAAGUUCACCAGUUGAAACAAAUGUUGUCCACCGACAAGAACGAACUCGUUCAGUAUGUUCCGCUCGAAAGUAGUCCAGGUGAUUCUCGCUCCAACAAGGCGUACAUUUAUCGUACCGAUGGAGAUGAAAGAAACGUCCAGCUUGGCAAAGAAAAUGUAGAGUACCAACAGUGA